AUGGAGCUUUGUAACUGCAUUGAGCCACCAUGGCCGACCGACGAGCUACUGAUGAAGUACCAGUAUAUAUCAGAUUUCUUCAUAGCACUCGCUUACUUCUCUAUCCCCCUCGAACUAAUCUAUUUCGUAAAGAAAUCUGCCGUGUUCCCCUACCGGUGGGUCCUCGUACAGUUUGGCGCCUUCAUCGUCCUCUGUGGGGCCACCCACCUCAUCAACCUCUGGACUUUCACCAUGCACACGAGGACCGUAGCUCUUGUCAUGACCACGGCCAAGAUCCUGACAGCUGUCGUCUCGUGCGCGACUGCUCUUUUGCUUGUCCACAUAAUCCCCGAUUUACUGAGCGUCAAAACAAGAGAGCUCUUUUUGAAAAAUAAAGCGGCCGAGCUGGAUCGGGAAAUGGGCCUGAUCCGGACCCAGGAAGAAACGGGCCGGCACGUGCGGAUGCUAACACACGAGAUUAGAAGUACUCUCGACAGGCAUACUAUUCUGAAAACCACGCUGGUCGAGCUCGGGAGGACGUUGGGCCUGGAGGAGUGUGCCCUGUGGAUGCCGACCCGGACUGGGCUGGAGCUCCAGCUGUCGUACACGCUCCAUCACCAGAACCCGGUCGGGUUCACGGUGCCCAUACAGCUGCCCGUUAUCAACCAGGUGUUCAACACGAGCCGGGCCGUGGAGAUAUCACCGAGCUCGCCCGUGGCCAGGCUGAGGCCCGCCGGGAAGUACAUGCCUGGGGAGGUGGUGGCAGUGAGGGUCCCACUGCUCCACCUGUCGAAUUUCCAGAUACAUGACUGGCCUGAGCUCUCAACCAAGAGAUACGCGCUGAUGGUGCUGAUGUUGCCCUCGGACAGCGCCAGGCAGUGGCACGUGCAUGAGCUCGAGCUUGUUGAGGUGGUGGCAGACCAGGUUGCGGUUGCACUUUCGCAUGCUGCGAUUUUGGAGGAGUCAAUGAGGGCUCGGGAUCUCCUAAUGGAGCAGAACGUGGCCCUUGACCUGGCAAGGCGGGAGGCAGAGACAGCUGUGCGGGCCCGCAAUGAUUUCUUGGCGGUGAUGAAUCAUGAAAUGCGGACCCCAAUGCACGCCAUAAUUGCCCUUUCGUCCUUGCUGCAGGAGACGGAGCUGAUGCCUGAGCAACGUCUCAUGGUCGAGACAAUCCUCAAGAGCAGCAACCUCUUGGCCACCCUUAUUAACGAUGUUUUAGAUCUCUCCAGGCUUGAGGACGGUAGUCUUCAGCUCGAAAUGGCAACUUUUGGCCUUCAUUCCCUCUUCAGAGAGGCGCUCAAUUUGAUAAAGCCUAUUGCCUCGGUGAAAAAACUAUCUGUUAUAUUGAACCUAUCCCCUGAGUUGCCUGAGUAUGCCGUUGGUGAUGAAAAGCGGCUGAUGCAAGUUCUUCUGAAUGUUGUUGGUAAUGCUGUAAAGUUCACGAAAGAGGGUGGUAUCUCCAUAACUGCUUUUGUGGCAAAAUCGGACUCUUUAAGAGAUCCCCGGGCCCCUGAAUUUUUUGCUGUCCCAAGUGAUAAUCACUUCUAUCUACGCAUAGAGGUAAAAGAUACCGGCUCAGGAAUUAACCCACAGGAUAUUCCCAAGCUGUUCAUGAAAUUCGUACAGUCUCAGCCGCUUGCCGCAAAGAACUCUAGCGGCACUGGCCUUGGUCUCGCCAUUUGUAAGAGGUUUGUAAAUCUCAUGGAAGGGCACAUUUGGAUCGAGAGUGAGGGUCUCGGCAGGGGUACCACUGCAAUAUUUAUCGUCAAGCUCGGGUUUCCUGGACGCCCAAAUGAGUCCAAGUUGUCCAUUGUGCCCAAAUUUCCUGCAAAUCAGGCCAAACUGAAUUUCUCGGGCCUCAAAGUUGUUGUGAUGGACGACAAUAGUGUGGGCCGUAUGGUGACAAAGGGCCUUUUGGUCCACCUAGGAUGUGACGUGCUGGCCGUUGGAUCUGCAGAUGAGUGCAUCCGGGCCGUCAAUCAAGAACAUAAAGUCUUGUUCUUCGACAUUAACGUACCCGGGAUUGAUACUUUCGAGGUGGCCGUGAGAAUUCAAGAGAAAUUCUCGCAACGGGCCGAGAGGCCCAUGAUUGUGGCCCUAACCGGGAACCCCGAUAAAGUAACAAAAGACAACUGCAUUCGAGUCGGCAUGAAAGGUGUCGUGCUAAAGCCCGUUUCUUUGGAUAAAAUGAGAAGCGUACUUUCUGAUCUCUUGGAGCACGGGUACCUGCCUGAAUCUCAUUGA